CAAGAGCUCCCUUUUUGAACAUUUCCCCCUAAAGAUCUGUUUGGUUCUACAUCUGUUUGUCUGGAUUUUAUAGUGGUCUGAAUAUAAACUGACCUGCCCCCUCUGGUCACACCACUUUCUCCACCCUCCGGUUCCAGUGUUGGUCACAUUUUGCUCUGAUUUAAUAAAGCAGAUGGACUACACUGAUCAGCAGAACACCUCCGGUCUCAGACUGCGUACUGACAGCUCCCCGGACACUCAGGUUUCAGCCAGGAGAUCGGACCGAAAAUGGGGGAGCGCUACGACUGCACGGAGUGUAAGGACUCCUUGUACGGACAGAAGUACAUCAUGAGGGAGGAAUUCCCAUACUGCAUCAAGUGCUACGAGUCCCUGUUUUCCAGCAACUGCGAAGUGUGCAAGAAGCUCAUCAGCUGCACCAGCAAGGACCUGUCGUACAAGGAGCGCCACUGGCACAGCGACUGCUUCCUCUGCAACAAGUGCAACCGAUCCCUGGCCGACCAGCCCUUCGCCACCAGGGACGACAUGCUCAUGUGCACCGACUGCUACUGCCAGACCUACUCCGCCAAGUGCUACGCCUGUCUGAAGACCAUCAUGCCAGGCACCAAAAAGAUGGAGCACAAGGGCAACAGCUGGCACGAGAAGUGCUUCAUCUGCAACUACUGCAAGCACCCCAUUGGCACCAUGAGCUUCGUCAAGAAGGACACCAACAACUACUGCCUGGACUGCUAUGAGAAUCACUUUGCUCUGCAGUGUGUCCAGUGCAAGAAGCCCAUCACCACUGGAGGGGUGAGCUACCGGGACCAGCCCUGGCACAAGCAGUGCUUUGUGUGCACCGGCUGCAAGCAGCAGCUGGCCGGCCAGCGCUUCACCUCCCGGGACGACCUGGCCUACUGCCUCGAGUGCUUCUGCAACAUGUUUGCUAAGAAGUGUGCCUACUGCACCACCCCAAUUAGUGGUCUCGGGGGCAGUAAGUACAUCUCGUUUGAGGAGCGCCAAUGGCACAACGACUGCUUCAACUGCAAAAAGUGCUGCGUGUCUCUGGUGGGUCGGGGUUUCCUGACAUCCAAAGAGGACAUCUUCUGCCCCGACUGCGGCAAAGACCUCUGAGCGAUUCGCAUCAGCCACAAAAAGAGUCUAUCCAACUUGGACGCCACUCGGAUGUCUCGGCAGCAUCCUGCUAAUGUGACUUUUGUUGCAUUAUUCAUAUCAUUUAUCAGUUUUCUUAUACAUUACCUUGCAUGCACGAGUAAUACCUUUUUUUCCUGCCAUAUUUGAUUUCUUUCAAGUCAGAAAUCCUAACAAUUGCAUGUUCGAUUUUUCCGUUGAAAGUCUGUGGCUUCUGUAUAGCCAUUUCUGAUUUAUUGCUAAAUUGUUUUAAUGGAUAGCACUGAUGCUACUAAUGUUGUUUUCUCUAAUGAAUGCUUCUUGCUAUACAAAUGUUGAUCUGUUUGGCAAAAUAAAGAUCUUUUUGGCUCGAUGGAA